UAAUAACAACAGUGUAGCAUGUAGCAGACGGAGUCGUCAAUUAAUUUUUUGAAAUGUGGUAGUAGUCCGUAGUGCUUCAAGGACCUCCAUGUCUCCUAACCUGGUGGUCUUGCCGUUAAUGUUAGAACGGCUGGUAGCUACUUGUGCUCUGUAGCUGUUAUGUAGAUAGCUAGGUUAGCCAAGUUAGCUUAAAGCUGUCAGUAGGUCAGGGCUAAGUGAAACCACGGUGUAUGUGUGCAACACACCAGUGCAAGGUGUCACAGACCAGAUCAAACUAUGGCUGACGACCCUCAGAGAAAUUUCCGCUCUGCAUAUUAUGAGAAAGUGGGCUUCAGAGGAGUGGAGGAGAAGAAAUCUCUGGAAAUACUGCUCAAGGACAAUCCUCUGGAUCUAGAAAAGCUGAGCACCUUCAGUCAGAGGUUUCCCCUCCCCUCCAUGUACAGGAUCCAUGUGUGGAAAGUAUUGUUGGGCAUCCUUCCUCCUCACAGUGACUCUCAUGCUCUGGUCGGAGGCUACAGGAAGGAGCAGUACCAGGACAUCCUGGAGGCUCUGGAGGUGAUGAGAUACAUCAACUCUUCAACACCCUCCACCCAUGUCUACCUGCGCAUGUUCCAGCUGGAGAGCCAAGUGCUCCCACGGUGCUCCGAGACCUCUGCCCCAGAUGAAGAGAACGAGGACUUCCUCUCCAUCAGUCGAGCCAUGGAGGAGAUCGUAGAUGAUCCUGUCGACUGCUACUGGCUCAUCAAGUGUUUCGUCAAUCAGUUCCACACAAAGUUUGGAGACUCAGUACCGCACCUGCCAAAGAGCCUGGAGCAUUAUCUGAGUCAGGAGGAACCUCGACUGCUGAACCAUCUGAAGAACAGCGGAGCCCUGGCUCAGCUGCCCUACAAUCUCUGGUUCAGACGCUGCUUUGCUGGCUGCCUGCCCGAAUCCAGCCUUCAGAGGGUGUGGGACAAGGUGAUCAGUGGCUCCUGUAAGAUCCUGGUGUUUGUGGCCCUGGAGAUUCUGCUCAGCUACAAGAUCAUGUUGAUGGGCAUCAACCGGCCUGAAGGCGUGGUGAAGUUUCUGUGCAAUAUACCGCAGGAAAACACAGAUGCCAUUGUGACUAAAGCUAUUGACUUGUGGCACAAAUAUUGUGGCACUCCAGUGCACGCUGUGUAGCCACGUGGAGCUCCACACGCUAGAGAUCUGGGCCCAGAGGUGAGCUGCUUUCCCAGGAAGCACCAGGACUUCACUGAGAGGAACAGACUGUGGCGCUCGGUGUUAGCGGGGAUUCGUCUCUCCACGACUGAACCGAAAACUCAUCACAGGCUACUUUCAAUCAGCCUGGGGAGUUGGGAGCCACUUUUCUUUUUGACAGUUCCCAGCUGAUAUACUAGACGUGGAGAGGACUUAAAUGCAUGAACACUGAAAACUGCUUCUAUACAGAGUGGAUGUUCGAGCUGAUUGAUGUGAUGCUCAGAACUUGUCAGGAAAAAGGCAAGGAAGCGUAAACUUAUUUUUUAAUAAGUUUCUUUCUUUAAGAAACUGCAUACAUCAUAGAAGACUCACAAUAAAUUAAUACUCACAUGCAGUUUUUCUGCUUUACAAAAAACAUUUGAAAAGUCUUGCUUACUUUCUUUGCUAUGUACAAGUCUUAUAAUUCUGAGAAGAUUUUUCUCCCAAAAGAUUUUUACACGUACAAGAGACAGUAAUAUUACUGACGCUCGUACAUAAGCAUACACACACUCACUCAGACACAGUCAUAGCACACACAAGAGAUCAACCAGUUCUCCCAAUAAGAGGGUCAAAACGGCCAAUUCGUGAACCUAAUAUGGACUGUAAACAAUAAAAACGUAAGGUGGCAGGGUCUUCAUAUUCUGUACCGUCAAAGGUUCAUCUCAGAGAAUACAAAACGAAAUACAAAAAAAAGUCUACUUUCUUUUAGUUCAGCAGAGAGUUCGGCAACAUUUGACUGUGUCUACAGAUAAUAUUCUGCAUCAAAUGAAACAAGUAAAUUUGGCAACUUUUAAAUCCCUGUAAACAGAACUGUAGGCACAGUGACACAGUGGGUUACUGAACUCUCAACAGCAGUCACUCUGGGACGCAUUCAAGACUUCCACAGCAAGUCAAGCUGCUUUGGUUUAAAAUGGGGAUCUGAAGUCUGAAAGGUGUUGAAUGCAGCCCGGGAAGAGAUGGACAAAUGAGGACAGAAUCUGAAAUUAUUGCUCAGUUGAUUGGUGUGUAUUUGUUAGGAGAGCUUCAUCUUUUACUAUUACUGGCUUGCAGAGAGCAUUUAGGGAUUUUGAUUAAGAUUUUAGGACAUUUUGGCUUAAGAUUCAGCUGCCUACAACAGCAUAUGCUGUUGUAAAUAUUUUAAUUCCUCUGGCAAAAUGAGAUAAACGACCAUUGAGAUGUCAUCUGUGCCAACACAAAGUGCCCCCAAGGGAAGAUUAAGUCCAGUUGAGAAAGAAGAGUGAGAACAUCGUGAAAGGCAAGAAAACAAUCCCUGUGUAAAAAAGAAAAGUCCCAUCUUCACCUCCUACCGAUCCUCAAAGUUGGCACAGAUUCUGUGUUUGACUUCCAAAAGACUUGCUCAAAAGCAAAAGUGCUGCAAAGUAAACAAAUCGCCACCUCUUCAUCAUAAAAAAUGACAAAUAAAAGCUUUUGAAUAUCAAGAAGUCUGUAAAAUCUCCACUGAGGGGAGAUGCCAGUCGAGAGUUUAAUGCAUCUGCACCGUUUCCUGCGAUGGCGCAGCACACAGGUUGCGCGAGUGUCCAGUCUGUCAGUUUGAAGUCGACACUGGAAAGGGAAGCAGGUAGCAGUCUGAACACUCGAGGCUCAGUGUGGGAGAGUGAAAGCAUGGCCGAGGCCUGACGGAACCAUUUUAUGGCCGAUGAAACCUGCAGGGAGAAACCAUGACAACAAAGUGAGUAACAUUUCAGAAACGCUGAACGCAGUCAGAAAUGUCCGGACUAAUAACUACACUCUGAACAAAGUGACAAGAACGCAGUGUACAGGAGGUACAGCUGAGGCAGACGAAGUGCAUCUUAAACUGAUAAAGGCUGAGCCAAGUCUAAAACGGCCGUUGUUCAGAAGAUAAACCCUUUUGCCCUCUACUCUGGCACCACCCUCUGAACAGACAAUCCAUUUUUUUUCUCACUAUGAAGAUCAUGAUCUAAGAAUAGCAAAGUUGUCCCUCAGUUUUUAAUCUGCCAAACAAUUAGUCGUCCGUUCACAGCCUCAUUACUACUUAGUCUUACCUGGUAAAAUGACGGCUCGACUCAUGCACCUCCAUCUCUGUGCUUUUAAAUUCAUUCAGUUCCUUCCUGAUGGCAGCCUGAACAACACACCAAGACAAUUAUUUACAUACAGCAGACAUGUACAGACCUCUUGAAUCCAGGUUUAGUAAAGCAUUGUUGGGACUUGUUGUGUGUGUGCGUUUACCUUAUCAGCAGCUGUUAGCCGAGUCCACGGCUUGUCUGCUCUCCUGUCGUAGUCCUGAGCCUCAGCGACCUCCACGUAGUCACUGAAGCGGAUGAGGAUCUUCGCCUCCCUCAGCUCCUCCACUGUGGGCCUCUGGCUGAGCUAGAGGGUGCAAGAAAGGAGGCGUGUGUCAGUCCACUCAUUAUUAAUGAGCUCCAUGUCCUGCAACAUGCACGCUAAGGAACAUGUGUCUGUGCAGAAAAGACAGCUGUUAGAGAGCAUGUUUCAGUCAGGAAAGUGGCUGCUUCAUGUCUCUUGGCUGCUGUAGAGAAUGUGGAAAAACCUCUUUUUCUGUGUGCAAUUAUGUUUGAAAAUCAGUGAAAUAUAAAAGAACAAUCAUCUUGUUUUUUUCUUUGUACACGUAAAGUUGAAUAAUCAAUAAAAUACUAGAAAGCA